GACACCAAGUAAAAGUAGAGAAGAAGGACUGAGCGAAGCCAAAAUGAUUUUCUUUGCUAUAUUUAUUUUCUGUCUUAGUAAAGUUGUUUUUGCGGACAGGGGCCCAAGCGGAGAGAGGAUACGCUGUGAGGGGGAUGAACAACACAGAGGCGAGGAGCUGAAGAGGGCCCGGACAGAACCAGCCGAGGCUGUAAAGCGAGAGGGUGACCCAAACCGAAGCCGGUGGCUGCUGGACCCAGAUCAGAGAUGCUGCUAUGAGUGCGGUGAGCCGGGGCACCUCACGUGGAGUUAUCCGGGCCGGGAGGGGGCCAUGCCCUCCGCAUCUCCCAGCUCUGGGGUAACCCGGAUGGCGAGUUACGUCACCUCCUGUUGGGCGCACACCGAGACAGCCCCUCCGAUGGUUCCUGUGCGAAUAAAUGGCAUCGACACCAGUGCUCUGCUGGACUCCGGCAGCAUGGUGACCCUGGCCUACCCACAGUGGCUCACCCGAGAGGGGAAGGAGGAACCGGGGGACAAGGAGGCACUGUGGAGGAGGGACCUGGGGAGGUGCGCACGGGAGGUAGGAAGAAAAGAAAAACGGACGGUGGCCUGUGCAACCCAACCCCCGCCACAAGAGGUGUCCACUGGGCCCGAGUCGAACCCGGAGGAGGGAGACGACCCUGCUCCGGCAAGCGAGCCACUGGGCGAGGAAGACCUCAGGCUUAUGGAGGUGGAGGCCCUAGAUGGACCUCCCGACAUGGGAAUCCUCACAGGUCAGUUUGGGAUGGCCCAGUUAGAAGACCCCAAUCUCCAGAACGCUAGGGGCCAGGUGAUGGUGGAUGGCGUACUGUUACCUGGGGUAAGUGAUUGGCGUUACCCCCACUUCACAAUCAAGCAUAAUUUAUUGUAGAUGGUAGUAAAGCAUAAUGGGGAGACAAAAGACUUGUUACUCAUACCCAGCCAGUAUGUUAGAACUGUUGCAGCUUGCCUACACCCACCUGCAUGGGGCCACCUGGAGAUGGAGAAAACCAGGGAGAGGAUCGGGAACUGGUUCCACUGGCCCAGAGUCAAGCGCACCGUGGAGGACUACUGCCAUAGUUGCCUGCCGUGCCAGAUCACAGCUCUGAGGGUGCAUUAUCGAAACCCUUUGGUUCCCUUGCCCAUUAUAGGAGUGCCAAUUGAGUGGGUGGCAAUGGAUCUGGUGGGUCCAUUGGUGAAGACCGUAAGGGGAGACAAUACAUCCUGGUAAUCAUGGAUUACACCACCCGGGAUCCUGAGGCAAUCCCGCUAAGCAUGGCGGCAGUAAAAGGUAUCGCACGGGAGCUCUUCCAUUUAUUUAGCCAGGUGGGUAUUCCGCGGGAAAUUCUGACGGACCAGGGCACUGCAUUCAUGUCUCGUGUGAUGAUGUCUGCAAUCUGUUACAAAUCAAACAGGUGAGGACCAGUGUGUACCAUCCACAAAUGGACGGGCUGGUGGAACGCUUCAAUAAGACCCUAAAACAGAUGCUGAAGAAGGUCAUCGAGAGAGACGGGAGGAACUGGGACCAGCUGCUGCCCCACAUGAUGUUUUCAGUGCACGAGGUAUCCCAAGCAUCCAUGGAGUUCUCCCCCUUUGAGCUCCUGUAUGGCCGUCGGCCUCGCGGGCUGCUGGACCUAGCCAAGGAGGUCUGGG